AUGUCUUUUGCCGCGCCCUUUCGACGGUCGUUGAUACCGAGAACCACACGAACGAUUGCUUCGCGAUACCCAUGUUCGAAACGACGAUGUUUUGCAUCGGUAACCUCGUCAACCACAACACCCGAAGCGCCUAGGGAGCCUGAGGGGACCAGGGAGGUGCCCAUGACUGUUGGAGAUGGGGGUUCUGGAACUGUACGCCCUGUACGACAACGCCAUGGUAGCGAUAGAUUGGUUUUUCCUGGUGCUGUGAAUAGUAAAUUCACUAAUCGUCUUCAAUUCCGCAUGUCCGAUCCCAAUGAAGCGAUCGAAACAUAUCGUGUCAUGGACACCGAGGGACAGAUUGUCGAUGAAACCCAUGGUCUUGACUUUGAGGGUCUAAAAGAGCAGACACUUAAGAUGUAUAAAAGCAUGGUUACAAUCUCGAUUAUGGAUCAAAUCAUGUACGACUCCCAACGACAGGGCCGUAUCAGUUUUUAUAUUGUAAAUGCUGGUGAGGAGGGUAUUGCAGUUGGGUCAGCCGCGGCUCUUAGCGAACAGGAUGUGAUUUAUGCGCAGUAUCGAGAGGCUGGAGUGUUGAUGUAUAGAGGGUAUACGCUUGAGGAGUUUAUGGCGCAGUGUUUUUCGAAUAAGAAUGAUGACGGGAAGGGGAAGAAUAUGCCAAUUCAUUAUGGAAGUCGAAGAUUGAACUUUCACCCGAUCAGUUCUCCGUUGGCUACACAGUUACCACAUGCUGCUGGCGCUGGGUAUGCUCUUAAGCUAGAGGGAACCCCUGCUUGUGCUGUCACAUACUUUGGUGAAGGUGCUGCUUCAGAGGGAGAUUUCCAUGCAGCACUCAAUAUUGCAGCUACCAGAGGUUGUCCUACGGUCUUCAUUUGCAGAAAUAAUGGUUAUGCAAUCAGUACUCCGACUCUAGAGCAGUACAAAGGUGAUGGUAUCGCUAGUCGCGGUGUCGGAUACGGAAUUGAUACUAUCAGAGUUGAUGGGAAUGAUGCAUGGGCCGUCUACAAAGUCACCAAAGAAGCCCGGGAAAUCGCUAUCGCCCAAAAGAAGCCCGUCUUGAUCGAAGCCAUGUCAUACCGUGUCUCCCAUCACUCCACAUCCGACGACUCCUUCGCCUACCGUGCCCGCGUGGAAGUCGAAGACUGGAAACGUCGUGAUAACCCAAUUACUCGUAUGCGUAAGUUCAUGGAACUACGAAACUGGUGGGAUCAAGACAAAGAUACACAAUUAAGAACACAGGCUAGAAAGGAUUUGUUAAAGGCUUUCAAUGCGGCCGAGAGGGAGAAGAAACCAGCGAUUAGUAACCUUUGGGAAGAUGUCUAUGAUAAGCCUACUAAGGAUCAGUGGGCACAGAUGGAGGAGAUGAAGGAUAUUUUGGAUAGGUAUGGGGAGGAGUAUGACCUUGAUAUGUAUGAUGGGGGUAAGGGUGGGGUUGUUAUAAAGAAAUAG